AUUAAGAGCAUGGGCAUCUGAGAGAGCAGGCAAACAUCUCGUGUCCGGCUGGGUCAUCAAACCUGCUCAACUCAAAAGAGCAACUCUGUACAGCCCUGGGUAAGGUUGUCUAGUGAGCUGCUGCAAAUAUGUCUCACAGCUCCACUGGAACAACGGCUGCUCCUGAGAGCUCAUCCCAAUCCAACAGGGCUGUACCAGAACAGGCCAUGGGUGGUUCUGUUGCAAGUGACAACAUGAACCAGACGGACGACCAACCGAUGGAUCAACUGUCACUAUCCGUCACAAAGCUGUCCUUACGCACGGCUAAAGACGACGCCUCCGAGACAGCGACCGACGACUUACCAGACAAACAAAACGGUUCGGGCGACUCCUUCUCGGAAGGCCAAACAUCAACUUCGCCGGCGAACGGCGAACAGUUAACCGACUCUGAAGUAAUUGUGGGCAACCAGAAUGCGGACGACAGCCCCGUGAACAAGGAGCUGCAGGCUAUUCUCCAGUGGAUGGUGGCUUCUCAUCUCAAUGUGCCCAACCUGACCUUCAUUAAUGAAAACGACAAUGAACUUGCUAAGCUCCCACUGCUGGCUGAGAAAGCAGGCAAGAAGGCGUACACGGUGGGAGACAUUCUCCAAGAGGUAAAGAAGUACUUUUUGCAACAGCAAAUGGAGCCCACGGUGGGAAGUGCACCAUCAUGCGGACUUCUGGACUGGCUGCUUGCGAAUUUGUAAUAGGUCAAGCCUCCCUGCGCCCCCUUGUCUUCCUGUUGCCUUAACCAAGCCCAGGUGCCCAAACCAUGCUUUCACAAGAGCAGCGGUUGACAACCUCCGAGCGCCAUUGGAAAGCCACAAUGCACUGAACUGAACUUGUCGCUACAAUGGUAGCCGGGCAAGAUCAUCAAUUAAAAACCAAAAAAAAGCUAAAAAGCGAGAUGCAGAGCCAGGCUAUUUUAUUGAAAUUUUCAGGCACCACUUGAUAUGUAACAGGCUGAAUUACCACACCCGACAGCUGCACCGGAGAGGAGCUGAUUUAUUUGAUGGUAGAGCUAGUGUGUUGUAAACUAGCGAUGGGAGGGCUCCACUCAAAAAUAUGUAUUUAAGUGUUCUUGGGAAAUGC